UUGAAAUUGGAAAAAAACAUUACUACAGAGAAAAGUAGAUAAAGGCCUCUAAAGUUGACUUAUCAUGGACUACUUCCCUCACUUGGAAUGAUUCAAGAUUUACUUUUGUAAUCGUCAUCUUAGUGUGCAUAAUUGUUGGUGCAUGAUGCGCUUCUAACUUGGAAUGCUGUUAUGAGUGAGAUAGCAGGCAUGGACGAAUCUCCCGUAGGAAAGUAUCGUCCGACGGUGACGGAUGCACUGGUUACCGCUCCCGUUGAGAUGGCAACGCUGGUGCCUGCGCCUGGCCUCAUCCAGGGUGAGAGUCUGGAGAAACUCAAUAUAACUCUUCACCAGUGUGCCAGAGAUGGUAACCCUGAUAUCAUGCGUCUACUCUUGGACCAAAUGUCCCAGCGGCAACUCAAGAAGAAGAUAAACAAACGAGAUGAGGACUUUCAGAGCCCCCUUCAUUACGCUGCGCGGUACAAUCACUUUGGGAUUGUCAAGUUACUUGUGGAGAGAGGCGCAGUUGUGAAUAUCGAGGACGAAGAAAAGGCCACCCCACUGCAUUAUGCCGCCCGCUACAGAAGACAAAAGGUUCCACAUGUCAGUGACUCCCUGCACGACGUCAACCUCAUUGAGGGGUCUUUACCAGGUUCACGAUAUGGGUCUCUGCGGCAUCUUGCACAUCAAGGGUCUCGGAGAAGUUCGAAACAGACUCUCGAAGGCGAUAGUCCUGGGACCCCCAAGAAGGACACUCCGGAUGGUGAGACAAGUGGCUGUACCUCACCGCGGGAGAAUCUUAACAGCUUGCCAAGUUCGCCAUCAAAACAGAUCCAGAGUAUCAUCCGGUACCUCGUCAAGAAAGCCGCAGAUGUCAAUCACAAAGAUGAGUAUGGAUUGACGCCGCUACAUUUUGCAGCCAUGAAGGGGAACGAGAUCGCAGCCUCUGAGCUUCUGGGGAUAAAUAACAUAGAUAUUGAGGCGACGGACAAACAAGACAUGACUGCACUCCACUUGGCUGCCACCCACAACCAGCCUGCCGUCGCCAGACUCCUCAUCGACAUGGGAGCGCAGUUGAGAUGCAUCGACGAAGAACUGAGCACACCGCUUCAUCUCGCCUGCAUGGAGGGGAGCGAGAUGAUCAUGAAGAUGCUGUUUGAAGCUGGCGAGAAGAUGGAUGGAUGGGUCACGGUCUCGCAGAUGGUGACGGAUCAGGAUAUGGACCAGAGUACACCGCUGCAUAAGGCGGUGGAAGGCGGACAUCAUGCUGUCGCAAAGGAAUGUAUUGAAAGAGGUGCCGACGUAAACACUUGUCGUGGUGGUUGGAACACGUGCCUCCAUCUUGCCGCGGUCACAGGAGAUCAGGACAUUGUUAAGCUACUCCUUGACAACAACGCCAGGAUUGAUUCCCUGAAUGACCAGCAGGAGACCGCUCUCCACCGAGCUGCUGCCUUUGACCAAACCGAUGUAUGUGAGGUUCUUCUUGAAAGGGGAGCGCUGGUUGAAAAGAAGAACAAAGACAACUUCACACCCCUCCUGGUCGCUGCCAAUAAGGGACAUGAGAGGACGGUGAAAUGUCUGAUGCGGCGCCGGGCCGAUGUGUUUGCCAUGGACAAAAAUGAGAAGACUGCCAUCUAUUGGGCAGCAGCAGAGGAUAAGUUGGCGGCAUUAAAGAUGCUGCUUAGUCAUCCCACAGUUAUACUGGCAAACUUGAUAGAUAUCGGCGAUCGUUAUGGUAACACUCCUCUCCAUGUUGCUGCAGAGAAGGGCUAUGUCAGGAUUGUAAAGUGCCUGUUGGAACAUAAAGCUGGGAAGGGUCUGAAGAAUGAAGAUGAACAGACGCCGAUUCAUCUGGCGAGCAAGUUUGGGAGAACAAACGUCAUCCGAGAAUUGAUCAGCGCCAACAAGUUACUUGUAAAUGAUGAGGACGAAGAUUCGAACACGCCGCUCCAUAUGGCCGCCCAGUACGGGCAGGUGAAGGCCGUCAAGGUCCUCAUUCUAAACGGCGCAAAUAUCCAAGCACGGAACUGCAGUAUGUGGACGCCGCUCGAUUGCGCUGCAGCAGGCGGGUGGUACGAGACGAUGAAAGUUCUGUUGAAGAAUGAUUGUCCUGUUGACCCACUAGAUAAAUCCAAGACUACUCCGCUUCAUCUAGCGUCAGAAAAAGGUCAUGAACCCUGCGUUGAACUCCUCCUCGAAUGGAAUGCAAAUGUCGGACUGAGGGACAGUGACGGCAUGAACUGCCUUGAUCUAGCCAUCGAUAACAACAACAAGAAUGUGGCAUUGGCGAUUAUCAACUCACAGAAUUGGGUGGACGCCAUGCGAAAUGAGACACUGGAUCCGGUGACCAACUUCAGGGACACGCCAAUGAGAAAACUCAUCAGGAAGAUGCCAGAAGUAGCAGAACAGGUGUUUAAUCGUUGCUGCACCCCCAACCACAGAAACCCCGAGAAUCCGAAGUACCAGGUGAUAUUUGACUAUGAGUUCCUUGACGACAUGUACUCCUGCUGGAAAGAGAUUCCUGAUGCAGCAUCUGAGGCGGAUUCAGUCGACGAAGGUGCCUACAAUGAAGACUACCAGCUGAAGCCAGACUCAACCCCCUACACGCAGGACACCACCACCAUGAAGACAAACCAUCCACUCAAGAUCAUGGUAACAUCGAAACGUAAAGACCUCCUUGCCCACCCGCUGGUGACCGCAUUGCUCCGCCACAAGUGGAACAGCUAUGGACGCUACUUCUACUACAUCAACCUUUGUUUCUAUCUCAUCUUCUUGACCUUCCUCACCAUGUACAUCGUCCUAAUGGUGGAAAUUGCUCCUUACAAAUUUGCGAACAACCCAGAUAUUGACAAAUACAAUGGUACGCAGUGUGAGAGAGUUCAGCAGUACAGAGCAGCCGAAGGAAACCCAUUAAAACCAAUGGCGUAUGCUGAAGUAUGCAAAUAUUUCAUCAUUAUCUUCACAGUAUUACAGAUUUUACGAGAGCUGUUUCAGUUCUUCCAAGCUCGUCUUAACUACCUUGGGUGGGAGAACACCAUUGAGUGGCUCACCCACAUGACUGCUCUUCUCCUUGUCAUCGACUUUGAGGGAUGUCAACGAGAAACGGGGCUGAGAUUAGCUUGGCAGUGGCAGCUGGGAGCAAUAGCGGUCUUCUGGGCCUGGAUCGACUUGGUCCUUUUCAUCAGGAAGGUGCCCACAUUUGGUAUCUACGUAGUGAUGUUCACCGACGUGCUCAGGACGUUCACGCGAUUCUUCCCCGUUUUUUUCCUCUUCAUAGUGGCCUUUGCUCUCAGCUUCUACACUCUACUGGCAAACCAGGUACCUUUCCGCGGCUUCAUCCCUUCGCUUAUCAAGACAAGCGUGAUGAUGACAGGGGAUGUUGCGUACGACAACAUCUUUAACGACAUGCACGCAAGCCCGGUGAUCGACCCGAGCAUCCAGACGUGGUACGAGGUGGCCACAACAAUCCAGUUUGUGAUAUUCCUGUUUGUGAUGGUCAUUCUAAUAAUGAAUUUGCUGGUUGGUUUGGCUGUGGAUGAUAUCAAAGGUGUACAAGAGCAAGCUGUGUUACAAAGACUAGCUAUGCAGGUUGAGCUAGCCCUCGAUGUCGAGUGUUUUGUCCCGAUGUUCAUCAGCCGAAAGUUCGUGGUGAAGAGUCAGAAAUUCAAGCCAAACAGACAACGGAACUGGAUCCAGAAAAUCUUCCGUAUCGACAAAUCGUUGUCAGCACGAAGGAUCGCAGAGCAGCUUUAUCAGGACACGGAAUCAACUGAGCAGGAUAAGUUGUCUACACAAGUUGAGAACGUGGAGAAUCGUGUCAAACAUAUCGAGUACAUGUUGAAGACCUUGAUUAAACAGAGCAAUAUCCAGUUUGAGGCAGUCGAUGAAGAGGCAGAGGAGAGAUUCUCUUGGUAGAUGUGACACAUGUCUCUUUCUUGGAAGAUAAGACACAUGUCUCUCUCUUGGAAGAUGAGACACAUGUCUCUCUCUUGGAAGAUGAGACACAUGUCUCUCUCUUGGAAGAUGAGACACAAGUCUGUCUCUUGGAAGAUGAGACACAUGUCUGUCUCUUGGAAGAUGAGACACAAGUCUGUCUCUUGGAAGAUGAGACACAUGUCUCUCUCUUGGAAGAUGAGACACAUGUCUCUCUCUUGGAAGUGGAGACACAAGUCUGUCUCUUGAAAGAUGAGACACAUGUCUCUUUCUUGGAAGAUGAGACACAAGUCUCGGAAAUCAAUCAAACUACAUGUAGCAAUAAGAACAUUUUGUAUGUACAUGCCUUUCAUAAUGUAUAUAGUUCACAGGGUUCAAUAAAUGCAUUUUCAUUGGGUGUUAUCUUCCCGACAGAGGACUAGACACAUCCUCUCUGCGGUCGGCUCUGUGAGGUAUUCCUCUCUUCCUCUAAUAAAGGAACAAGUCCAAGCUCACGAGCUGAAGUCUCUACUUAAUAGACGUGAUCUUAAUCACCCACACAAGAAUACAUAUGCCGCUGUGCAGAAAUAUUUAUAGAGGAGGUAAGCCUGCAUUAUGUAUGGUCUUAAAAGUGCCUUUCGGAUUGUUAUGUUUCAUUUUAAAUAGGCUACAAAUGUAAUUAUUGAAUGAUGUUUCGAUGGCAAUCAGUUGUGAUUUAAUGGUAUUUAUGAUAAAGAAUACUCAGUGGAAUGUUCGAGGUGCAUUUAUAAAAACCUACAGACUAGCUGCUCUUUUGCACUGGGUGUUAAAGGGGGACUAUAGGCAGGAGCUAGGGGGUCAAAUUGUCAGCCUACAUUUGACUACGUCAAGUCCGUGUAACUUAAUCUGCCCUACCAGCUCCUGCCUAAAAGUCUCCCUUUGAAUAGUCUAAUCUGGUGAAGUAUUAUAUUACCUUAACAUGUAUCUUUUAUCGAGACAGUGUAUUUCUGUUGCUUAACAUUUAUCAGCAUCAUUCAAUUAAGUUAUAUUGAUUGAAUGUUAUUGCAUGCCAGAGAUUUCAACUUUACUACUUUUUCUUUUCAAUAUUGCUAUUGCAUGUCUCUGAGUCUAUGCUAGUCGGUUUGUUGGUUUACAUGUAUUUACUUUGAUUUCCUUAUCUAAGACUCGCUCAUUCAGCAGUUUGCCAUUUCGAACAAUCAAGUGCUAAAGUAAGUAGAAAUAGGUAGGCAGAAAAAUGUGGUGGUUUACCGUAAAAAGGUAUCUUGUGCCUGCUUGAAUGGUGCUGAUGUUCAUGAGAUUGGAGCUAUCAGUCACCUUUUAAACAUUCAUCUGUCCCACAUUGUUCCUACCUAUUGUUAACCCUUGAUUGGUCGAGAAGCAGUUUGCAAACAUAGACACAUCUUCUCUUCUUUACAUGGCAUUGAUCUCUUACUCAAGUCAUUGCACAUGUAUUUGUUAUUUCUCUUCUCAUUUCCCGUGUGUCAGCUUUAAGCAUGGUGGUUUGGAGAUGUAGAAGCUGUUUUUAACAUCUAAAAUAAAGAAUAUUA